CUCCUAGUCACAGCCAUCCCCGGCCAGGCCCAGCUCAGUCCUCAUCCCAGCCUGACAGUCAUGAGUGGGGAGCAUGAAGCCGAGCACGGGGACCCCAGCGAGGACGGAGAUGGCGGGGUCACCCCAUUUAACCCCUUCCUGCACGAGUUCCACCCAGAGGGCUUCUGGCAGAAAUUCAGGUUCUAUGUUCUGGGUCCAGUUCUAUUCCCCUUGCGUUUCCUACUGGCUGCGAUCUUUCUGUUUCUGAUGUGGCCAAUAGCUGCACUUCGAGUCACUGGUAUGACAGAAGAAGAGCUGAGCCGGUCAAUACGACAUAGGCGCACCAUUCUACAUCACUUGAUUUACGUACUAAGCCGCACUAUGUUCUUCAUGUGUGGCUUCCACUGGAUCACCAUCCGUGGCCGCCGCGCCUCCAGCUCUGAGGCCCCACUGCUGGUUGUGGCUCCUCACUCCACCUUCUUUGACCCCAUUGUUACUGUGGUGUGUGACCUCCCAUCAGUUGUGUCCCGAGUGGAGAACCUCAACAUCCCUGUGAUUGGAGCUCUGCUUCGAUUCAAUCAGUCUAUUAUGGUGUCCCGACAUGACCCAGCAUCACGGAAAAAAGUGGUUGAGGAGGUGAAGAGACGAGCAACCUCCCGUGGGGAGUGGCCGCAGCUUUUGUUUUUCCCAGAGGGAACAAAUGGUAAUGGACAAGUGUUACUGAAAUUUAAGCCAGGUGCCUUUGUGGCAGGCGUGCCUGUUCAACCAGUGCUAAUGCGAUAUCCUAACAAACUGCCUGCAACAAUUUGGACAUGGAAAGGAAAUGGCGUGUUGAAGGUCCUUUGGCUUACAAUGUCCCAGUUUUACAUUAACCUGGAGAUAGAGUUCUUGCCAGUUUACAAUCCAAGCCCUGAAGAGAAAUCAAAUCCUGCAUUAUAUGCCAGCAAUGUACAGAAGAUAAUGUCAAAAGCUCUUGGCAAACCAGCAACCGAGUAUGAGUUGAUGGGAGAUACACCAGUAACACCUUUAGGACACCUAAAAGUGCCAUUGGACCCUAAAUUUUGGGAACUGGGAAAAAUCCUACGGAAGGCUGGGUUCUCAUUUGACAGUGUCCAGGGGUUGAUUGACCUCUGUCUGGAGGGGGUAUGCUCUCGUGUGGGACUCGAAGAACUGGCGGAGAAACUGGGUCUCACCCAGACUGAUGUAAUUUCUAGAGUUUUCAGUUACUUUCCAAAGGAUGCCAGUGGAAUGAUUGAUUUUCGGGAAGUUUCACUGGUUCUAGCAGCUCAGGAUGCUACUCGUUCUGCAGAGGAGUUGGCAAAGUUGGCAUUUGAUCUGUUUUCUACCUGUGAUGCUGAUGGCUGCUUUCUGCUGUCUGCUGAAGGCUUUUCAUCCAUUCUGCGUUCGCUUGUGGGUUCACCUCCUGUAGAAAGUGGCAAAGUAUAUGCUGAACUAUGUCCUCGUGAAUCUCCAGGACUUGACCGAGAUGGAUUUCUUCGAUUUGCUGUUCGCCAUCCAUGCUAUCGCCAUCUUUUCCUGUUCUAUCUGCGCCCCCCAGCUUCUGGACGCAAGAAGCCAUCACGUGUACAGCAGAAUGGGAGCUGUUCCGGGAAACACACUCCUGGGAACCAGCUCAAGUCUGAUUGA